AUGCUUAUGAUUAGGUUAUACCCGUCACCUUCCCGCCACCCGACCUCCGCUUCCCCGCCACCCCAUCUCCCCUGCUCGCCGACCGAUCUCCCGUGCUCGCCGCCCGAGCUCCCCUUCCCGCGGCCCGAUCUCCCAUUUUUGCCGCCCGAUAUCCCCUUUUUGCCUCCUCUCGCCUCCCCACGCGGCCUCCUCUCGCCUCUCCGUGCGGCCUCCUCUCCCCUCCCUUUGCCCUCGCUUCCCCCUCCCAUCGCCAUCGCUUCCCCCUCCCGUCGCCCUCGCUUCCCUUCCCCAUCGCCCUCGCUUUCCCCUCCUGUCGCCCUCGCUUCCCCCUCCCAUCGCCCUUGCUUCCCCCUCCCGUCGCCCUCGCUUCCACCUCCCCUCGCCCCGCCCAUCGCCCUCGCUUCCCCCUCCCAUCGCCCUCGCUUCCCCCUCCCAUCGCCCUCGCUUCCCCCUCCCAUCGCCCUCGCUUCCCCCUCCCAUCACCCUUGCUUCCCCCUCCCGUCGCCCUCGCUUCCACCUCUCCUCGCCCCGCCCAUCGCCCUCGCUUCCCCCUCCCAUCGCCCUCGCUUCCCCCUCACAUCGCCCUCGCUUCCCCCUCCCAUCGCCCUCGCUUCCCCCUCCCAUCGCCCUCGCUUCCCCCUCCCAUCGCCCUCGCUUCCCCCGCCCAUCGCCCUCGCUUCCCCCUCCCAUCGCCCUCGCUUCCCCCUCCCAUCGCCCUCGCUUUCCCCUCCCGUCGCCCUUGCUUCCCCCUCCCAUCGCCCUCGCUUCCCCCUCCCAUCGCCCUCGCUUCCCCCUCCCAUCGCCCUCGCUUCCCCCUCCCAUCGCUCUCGCUUUCCCCUCCCAUCGCCCUCGCUUCCCCCUCCCAUCGCCCUCGCUUCCCCCUCCCAUCGCCCUCGCUUCCCCCUCCCAUCGCCCUCGCUUUCCCCUCCCGUCGCCCUCGCUUCCCCCUCCCGUUGCCCUCGCUUCCACCUCCCCUCGCCCCGCCCAUCGCCCUCGCUUCCCCCUCCCAUCGCCCUCGCUUCCCCCUCCCAUCGCCCUCGCUUCCCCCUCCCAUCGCCCUCGCUUCCCCCUCCCAUCACCCUUGCUUCCCCCUCCCGUCGCCCUCGCUUCCACCUCCCCUCGCCCCGCCCAUCGCCCUCGCUUCCCCCUCCCAUCGCCCUCGCUUCCCCCUCCCAUCGCCCUCGCUUCCCCCUCACAUCGCCCUCGCUUCCCCCUCCCAUCGCCCUCGCUUCCCCCUCCCAUCGCCCUCGCUUCCCCCUCCCAUCGCCCUCGCUUCCCCCGCCCAUCGCCCUCGCUUCCCCCUCCCAUCGCCCUCGCUUCCCCCUCCCAUCGCCCUCGCUUUCCCCUCCCGUCGCCCUUGCUUCCCCCUCCCAUCGCCCUCGCUUCCCCCUCCCAUCGCCCUCGCUUCCCCCUCCCAUCGCCCUCGCUUCCCCCUCCCAUCGCUCUCGCUUUCCCUCCCAUCGCCCUCGCUUCCCCCUCCCAUCGCCCUCGCUUCCCCCUCCCAUCGCCCUCGCUUCCCCCUCCCAUCGCCCUCGCUUUCCCCUCCCAUCGCCCUCGCUUCCCCCUCCCUCGCUGGUUCACUUGCGCCAUCUGUCAGUGUGGGGCAGCAGCAUCACCAGAGCCUCUGCCUCACUGCUCCUCGCCUUCAUCCGCCUGCUCUCCGCCAACCUCGCCUGGACUGCCCUCUCCCACCUCCCCGCCCGCCCCUCUCUCACCGCCCUCCACCUCUCCCAGUGCCCCCUCCUUUCCAUUGGCUUCCCUCUCCCCUCCUCCUCAUCCUCUCCCUUCGCCUCCUCUCCUUCCUCCUCUCACUCCUCCUCCUCCUCGUCCUCCUUCCCUCUCACUCAUCUGGUUAUCUCUGGUGCCUCAAUCGCUCCUCCCUCCUCCCUCUUCCCUCCUCACCUCCUCGCCUCCCUCACUCACCUCAACCUCUCUACUGCUGCUGUCCCUGACGCCCUUCUGUUACACCUCGUCCACUCCCUUCCCCACACGUUGCUCGCCGCCAUGGAAGCCCAGCAGGGCGACGAUGAUUCUCCUCCGGCUGGCCCAGAUGAGCCACCCUUACCGCAGAAACCCACGGAACCUACCGGUGCCCGUCGUUCGGGCCUAUACUUUCUUAGGGGUAGCUCCGUUCCACUUACUCCCGAUCUACCGAGGUCCACCAUCAAUGACUCUGCUGCGAGGGAAACGUCAACGCCGACAGAAUCUCCCCGUCCCGACGCCUUUACGCUACCCCCGGCUGUUGCUUCUUGCAGUCAUGAUCCCACACCGGCCGCACCAAGUCCCACACCAAGCACGGUGCUGGUGUCGGUUGGUCCUCCUCCGUCGGCUUCUUCCUGCCAAAAGCGAGCACGAUCUGGGAAGUGGGCGCAGAGAACCCUGCUCAUCGGCGGCCGCCGUAUUCCAGCGCCUGACAACCCUCCUGAUCCACCACCUGAAGUAGCGGAUAACCCGGAGUCAACCGACAUCCCCAUCCGCGCGGACACCGGCUCGCCCGCUCUCACCAAGAUGCAGCUGAGAGAGCAGAUGUACCUUGAGGCGAGUAUCAAUUACGAGACUAAGUGGUCUGGCAUGUUUUCAUGGCUUGUGUUUGGGAAAACGAAGGAUGGCUUUCCGUUUGUGAAGUGCAGCGUCUGCAUGUCGUACGGGAAGGAGAACACGAAGUACGCCAGGCAAGGAGAUGAUGGUGGCCGUGACAUGCAGACGCAGGCGUUCCGGGGGCACGAGCACACGGACGCUCACACGGCGGCGGUUGAGCGGCAGAUGAAGAUUGCGAAGGGCAUCCGCUCCGGGCAGCAGGUGAUUUCGGACUUCAUCAACUCGGACGUCGAGGGGAGGCGCGCGAUUCGACUCAUGCGGUCUGUUGAGUUCCUUUGCCAGUGCGACGCGCCGAUCAGCAUGUUCCCGAAGCUGAUGCGGCAUCUUGCGGAGCAGGACACUCCCGACAUUCCGAGGCAAUCCUACGGUGUAUAUCUCACUCGGGAGGCUCUGGCUGUGAAGGACGCUGCGACAUCCAACCCAGACCUGGACAUGGUGGACAAGGUGGUCCGAAAGGUCGCUGCUAAUCUCGGCGAAUCGUGCAUCUGGAGCCAACGCUUCAAGUACCUGCAGCGAGUGAUCUACAACACGAACCUAGAAGUCCAGGGGAUUCACACGGUGCGGUGGCUAUCACGAGGCGAUGCUGUGCGUCGACUAUGCAAGGUCCUGGGGGCGUGCACCGUUUUGCUCUGGGAGAACAGCCACAAGGCGUACGAGAUUGUGACCUGCUACAAGUUCCAGUUCUGCCUGUUCUUCCUCGCCGACAUUCUCGCCGACAUGAACGAUCUGAACCGUUGUUUCCAGAAACGUGAUCUCGACGUGACGGAGAUUUCCAAGACCAUUGAGUCCACCACGGCGGACCUGACGGAGCGGUACUUGGAGACCAACAAGCCGUUCGGCGGCGAGACCAAGAGCUGGCUGGUGGGCUUUCUGCAGCUGCACGGGCGCGGCGGAGGCAAGAAGGUCAAGGUGCGAUGUGUGGAUGGUGAGGGACGUCCAAUCAACCACAUGUACACCAUGCACGAGAGGAAGCUGAAGGGUCACAAGUACGGGAGCAGUUACGCCGAGUGCGUAAAGCUUUGCCGCAGCUUCGCCCGCGAUUGCGUGGACAACCUCAACGAGCGCCUUGAUGACCUGGGGAAGCUGGGGCCGACAAAGCUGUUUCGGGCGGGGAAGUGGCCCAAGAUCAAGGCUCAACGGGAGAAGAAGUGCCGGGAGUGGCUUCUGGGAUGCAGCAAGCUUUUCCGCAACAAGCUGCCGGGGUUUGACAUCAAGGCCGCAGAGAGGGAGCUUCCGACAUUCUGUGCGAUAAUGGAGACGCACCACGAGAUGGAGGGGUUCACACAGGGGCUGACCAACAUUCUCGGGAGCGCAGAUUCUAAGAGGAGGCGCCCAGCGAAGAGCACGAAGAUGGCUGUGGCAGAGCGUCACAGGAAGGGGAAAGCGAAGGAGGGUCAAGACGAGGCUGCUGGAAGUGCUGGGCAGAACGAGGAGGAGGAGGAGGGUGAGGAUGAGGAGGAGGAGGAUGUGGAACAGGACCUGGGCGACGAUCAGGAGCUGGUGGGGGAGGAGGAGGAGGAGUUUGACGACAACCCCUUCCUCUCGGACGAUGAUGAUGUGGAGGAGGUGUUCCACAUUGACAAGCCAGUGCACUAG